AAAAGUCACCGCUCCCCUACCUUCAUGCAACCAACCCCACGGCGAGGCAGGCGCAGAGGAGCGGCGGCGUAAAAUGAAACCACUGAAGCCCGCGUGUGUGUGUGUGUGUGUGAAGGCGGCGCACAAAGAUGAUUAAUUAGUAAAAUAAAGCUCUCGGUAACUGGACGCCGAAGCUGAUCUGGUCUCGGGACUCAACAGAGGACACCGGCGCAUGUGAAGGUUAUGCUUUUAGAGAUGGCCAGUUUAAGGCUGCAGCGUCACUGAGGCAGCUCUGUGCGCACUGGAAACCCGGGAUUCAAUUGGUGGAACCAGGAGGGCAGCCCCGGCCUCUUCCACUGCAGGAGGAUCGGAGUUAAGGAAACCGAGAGAGAGAGAGAGAGAGAGAGCGACGCCGCUGCCAAGACAGCAGGAGCAGUAGCAGCCUGCGCAGUUUCGACAACGGCACAGCCUCCUCUGCUGCACGGCAUGAGGGACUUCACCCAAACUGCGCACUGAAUCUGCAGGAUGCACCGCUGCAGCUGCGUAGUUUGUUAGACACACAGACACAAGACUGUUCCGGACCUCUGCAGGAAUUUGACAGAGGAAUUAGGCCUAACCGGUGUCUGACCACAGCUGCGAUAUUUGGUUUCCCAACAGAGUUUAUCAUCCCUCCCCUCCAGAGAGCCCUGCGCUGUGGCCUUGUAGCGGACAUGGGACAUGUAAACAGUAGUCGGGCUGGAUUUUAAACUACGCACACGUCCCACGUCCUCCUCCAGCCUCCUCCUCCUUCUCCUCCUCCCGGGGCGUCCGAGAUGGAGACGGAGAGGGUCGAGCCGGAGCAGGAAGGAGAGGCAGAGCCGCCCAUGCACAGCGUUCACGGAACCAACCGGAUCAGACCGUCCUCCUACCGGGCCCUGCGCAGCGCCGUGUCCAGCCUGGCCCGCUUAGAUGACUUCAGCUGCGAGAAGAUCGGCGCGGGCUUCUUCUCCGAGGUGUUCAAGGUGCAGCAUCGUGUGUCGGGUCAGGUAAUGGCUCUGAAGAUGAACAUCCUGGCCAGUAACAGAGCCAACAUGCUCAGGGAGGUCCAGCUCAUGAACCGACUAUCACACCCCAACAUACUCAGGUUUAUAGGAGUGUGUGUCCAUGAGGGGCAGCUCCACGCCCUCACAGAGUACAUCAACGGCGGAAACUUAGAGCAGCUGUUGGGCAGUGACGUGUACCUGUCGUGGAGCGUGCGGCUCAGCCUGGCUCUGGACAUCGCCCGGGGACUGCAGUACCUACACAGCAAAGGCAUCUUCCACAGGGACCUCACCUCCAAGAACUGCCUGGUGCGCUGGGAGGGCUGCGUGUGCUCGGCCGUGGUGGGAGACUUUGGCCUGGCGGAGAAAAUCCCUGAUUACAGUGAGGAAGAGGACCAGGAGCCCCUUGCUGUCGUCGGUUCCCCCUACUGGAUGGCCCCGGAGGUGCUCAGAGGAGAGGUGUAUAAUGAGAAGGUGGAUGUGUUUGCGUACGGGAUCAUCCUGUGUGAGGUUAUUGCGAGGAUACAGGCCGACCCCGACAUCCUGCCACGCACUGAGGACUUUGGUCUGGAUGUGGAGGCCUUUCAGCAGAUGGUGGGAGACUGUCCUCCUGAAUUCCUGGAACUGGCCAUCGCCUGCUGUAAUAUGAAUGCGAAGCUCCGUCCAUCCUUCUCCCAAAUCGUAGUUGGGUUGGAGAGGAGACAGGCCGAGAGGAAACAGAAGGACGAACCAACAGUCAAAGCUGUUUGUCCAGAGAUUGGCCGUCUGCGAAGGCGAUCCCUCUGCCACCUGUCAGAUCCUCGCCUCUCGCGCAGCAAAUCUGACAUGCUCCACCCCCCAGACACACCCCCCUCUGUUACCAUGGCGACCCCUGCUCGGGUCAACCCUUUCUCUCGGAGGGAGGACCUCAAGGGCGGCAAGAUCAAGCUGUUCGACACUCCCAGCAAGUCUGUCAUCUCCCUCACCUUCACCCUGCCCCCACUAACAGACUGCGACGACCCCUCUGGGUCUGAGACAGACAGCGGUGACCUACCCAGAAGGCACAGGCGCUGCCACUCGCUGCCGUGUACGCCUCCUCCACACCUUACAUCAGCGUCGAACACUGCCCUUACCGAGGAGGAGUCUCCGUCUGAGAUGGACACUGUAAAUGGUGAGGCAAACGGAGUGAGUGAAGAAGAGAGACUGUUAGGAGAAGAGAAGGAGAUCAGGGAGGGGAGUGGGACUGAUUCAGGUUUUCCUCCGUCCCUUGAACCACUGUCGCUAGACCUGCUGGACCAAGAGAAGGAGGAGGUGGGGGAGGAGCCCAUGGACUGCACCAGCUCCCCGGACACACAAGUCAGCUCUUCAUCUCCUUACUCCAACCUCUCCGCACCUCCUUCCCACUCCUCGACUCCCCUCCAACCCUCCACCCCUCCCUUCUCAAACGGCUGGGGGUCAGCCAUCUCCAACGUGCCCCCGUGCCUGCCUCCUCUCUCUCAUUUAGACAACAACAAUGUGGUUGUGAGUCGACCCUUGGGAUGGAGCGCCACCACCACUAAUGCUCCCACCAGAACAAACAACAAUGGCUACCACUCCCCUCCCAGCGACCCUGCUGGUUUGUCCCCGUUUGGCUCCGGCAGCGGACACUCGCUGGACCAGGAGGAGGUGAUCUCCUGUCCCGGCUGCUGCCUUGCCGGCCUUCGCUUCCCCUCACUGUGUCUCAGAGCUCCACCGCGUAGAAACCCCUACAAGAACUUGAACGGGGACCAUGCAGCCUCACGUGGGCUGCUUUGUCCAGGACCCAAAGGACUGCCCCCCUCUCCCACCCCCACAACCACUACCACCAGCCUGGAGCCGGGACUCGCCUUGCCGGGGGCGCAGACAUAAACCCGAGCUUCUCAACACCAAAUACAGGCAGAAAAGAUGCGUGGAAACUCUGCACCAAAACCUCUUCUCUGGAAAUUAAAUGGGUCUUCUUAGAAUUUGCACAGAUUUUAACGCAGCAAUAACCUGCUUAUUUUCCAGACACUUUUUGGUGCAGAGCAGGCUCUGAGUGUCCAGAUGGGUUUACUAAAACACACUCCAGGAUGACUUUCUCCAUGAAAGCUGCAGGACAAAGGAACUUAUGUCUUUCUUGGCGACUAGUUGCAUGUCGCCCUCUGCUGGGCUGAGGGCGACACAACUUAAGAUGUCAGCCGUGCCUGCGUAGAUCUGACUGAUGAUCAGCAGCGUCAUGAACUGUUCAGCAUGUAAACACUCCAGUUUUGGGCCCAGUUGGUUAGAUCCUGUAUAUUCACAGAUGUAAAGAUUCUUAUGAGUUAUGAUAUUGAUGAUGAUGCUGAAAUGAGGAAUGUUAAGCUUAGUAUUAUUACUGCUGCAAUGAUUUUUUGAUGUUUUGGUGCUGUUUCUGAAUGAACAGGCAGUUUUGCUUUAAUGUCUUUAAUUAUCAAGAGGUGUAUGGUGCACUGCUGGGCUGUGUGUGUGUGUGUGUUUGUUAGUUACAUGGACAUAUGUUAGUGUGUGGUGGAUUCAGUGGGAGAGGCUGGAUGCGUGUGAGAGUGUGUGCUGUACACCGUUCUUUUGUUGCUGUAUGAUCUCUGUUGGCCCUUCUGGUUGCCUGGUUAAGCACUUCAACUGUAUUACUGUUAAUAAGGAAACUAUUGAUGUCAUUAUUACUUAUGGGAAUGAAUGGUCAAAGACCAGUUUAAGAGAUGUAUAGAUUCUUAUUAUUUAAAGAUGACAUUGAAUAAAAAUAUAGAAUGCA